CUUGGCUGGCGACGAAGAUACUGGGCAUCCGGACGCCCGGCAGAAAAAUGCAAUUCGAAUUGUCGAGUCUGUCUGGCUUCCACGAGCGUGCUGCCUCAUGCUUGAUUCAAAUCAUCGCGGGACCUAAUUUAGAGAGCAUAUGGAGGGUAAGCUGGAAACUUUUUCUGAGGUCAGCAUCUCGGGUACGCAGAUGCGCAUAAGGGCAUGUCGAAAGUGCAACCAGAACGGUUUUUGAUAGACUUUUCACUUAAGCAUAUUAGCAGUAUCUCUGGUUGAUGUACAGCAGACACUGUUUGGGGUCCACUACCUAGUCAUAAGUUGCUGUUCCAGAUAUUGAAGAUUGUGCGCGACAUAGAACUUCACAACUUUGCAGACACGUCUGCCGAACGCCGUUUCAAUUGAGCACAUGAGAGGCUACACAACAAUGGGUUUUCCUAAACACCAGCUCCUGUCGCGUUCUCGUCAUCAAAUUGACGACAGCGGGAAAUAUCGUUGGUAAGAAGCACGCGGACAGUUUUCUCUGCUUGGGGCACACAGACACAGAUAGACCGCAUUGAUCUUUGCGGGGUUACUGUCUCGUGGAGUCCUCAGUUUGGGCUGAAGAGUUCUUUGUGUACAGUUUGUACCGCACACCCGGAAGCAGACCGUCUUCUUCGAGGACCUUAUGCGUUCGCAUUGGCAAAACUCAAAACAGAACGCAGAAAGUUUCGCUUACAUUUUAGAUGGUCAUAUUUUCCGUAGCCGCCAGUUUUUGAUGGGCCUAGCUGUUGUCCAUAUUUCCCCCAGCUAGCCAGAGACGCGUUUCUUCCUUGAACUGGGUAUUGUCUUGCAAGUGUGUUUGUCGCCAACUAGGCAUGAGCUCGUAAUUUUUGAACUCCAACGGAAACCGUUGGGUUUUAGGGUUGUUAGACAGGCGAAUGCCGUGCCUGGGGGGAAACCAGAUACAACUUGAUGGCAACGGUACCAAUGGUCUCGCUGUCGGCUGCCCGUUUCACGCUUUCUUUCUUGUUUUUUCAGCUGUGUCUUUCGCGGCUGUUCCGGCCCGAAGGAAGAAAUGAGUUGGAAGGACCGAAAGAUGUAGACGCAGACGUGAUCAGAGCGCUUGACCUGGCAAGCGUUUUUGCGUUUGCAGAGGCGGUCAACAACCCACCGCCACUCGAGGGAGCCUCUGUGUCGCCUGAAAAUGCCACCGACCCACCAGAAACGGGCGGUUCUCGUCGUUGGCGGACAGCCCGUUACGUCUUGCGACGUCCUUUCACGCACAUACGCCGCGUGUCCUCUGCAGUUCGCCGCUAUAUCAGCCGCGGCACGAGCUCAUUGGCGUCGAGUUUUGCGUGGAAAAGGCGUUUGAGGAAACUUAUCCGCGGGAUGGCAAAGGACCUCAAGCAAAACAGGGUGCGCGACGCACAACAAAAGCCAGGAAGCGACGCGGUAGCCUCGUUCGUCAAGACUCCUCACGCUCUUCUGACGUCUCUGGGGACUCCCCCAGCAGAACUGGCCAACGCCGUAGGUUUGUUGUUGCCGGUUCAGCAUCCUGUGCCAAUGAAAUCGAAAGUGACGGGGAAAAGCCUGCUUGUGAGUCAUGCGGCAACUGUGGGCGUCUCGUCGUACGGAAGCGUUCUGCUGAGGUGCGAGGGUUCCGGCGAAUCGGCGAGCUACUUCCUGGAAGCUUUCCCGGUUUUGAGAGGAUCCAGGGAAGCGAGCGUGAGCGUCAGAAAACAGUACUUGGCUGCAAUAAAGGAACUCAGAGCUGCGUCGGGAGUCGCGCAAGUCGGUGUUGUGGUAGACCUGUUGUUGCUGAAGCGCGUUCGCAACACCUGGUGCCCGCGGCCUCACGAAUCUCACUUUGCGUUUCCGAAUGUCUUUCUCAAGCGGGCUGUCGAGGGAGAAACUCUCAGAGAGGUUUUGUUGCACAUUGCAAGUACCGCUGCGACGGACACACCGGGGACGGGACCCGCCCACGACGCGCGAGUCUCGCUGACGGAACAAGUGCACAAAUUAGCGAGGAGUGCCGCAGAGCUCGGCUCCAGAGGCGGAAAAAUCAACAUCGACACUUUUUUUGUCACUCUUGACGGGAUCGUUCACCUCCAGCCUGUCUCUCUUGUAGAAUCGCCGCCGGUGCAUCGGGGAUCAGCUGGCCUAGAAUCUCCUAUCGCGGCAGAACUCGAGGAAGGCGAAGAGAAACCAUCGCCAGAAAAGCGCAUGACUGACGACUUGGCUCUUGCCAUCGUUCUGGCACAGAUCUGGUGUCCGCAACGGAGAUUCGACGACGUCGCCUACGAACUGUUGCUGCUUCACCGAUUCGAGAGGGAAGUCACAGAAGAGUUCUUUGAACGCUGCGCCGACCCGCCAGAGGCUGUCCAGGUCCUGGUCACAAUGCUGGCUUUCUGACCUCUGGGAAAUCAAGUAUUUCCUAUUUUUAUACUCGGCAGAAAAGGACUGUGUUCAUCUCUUGUUCCUGAUGUGGCGUCGAAAAGAGCUCUUGUGACGAGACACACCCGGGAGUCUACAGUCCAAAGGAGUGCCACGGACGAGAGCAGUUGGUUUUAGAUGCGGUGCAACGCCGCCUAUAAAUGAUUGUUUAUUGUCUCGCCAUUCGUUUUCCAGAGAACAGCAGCGGUAUCAAGAUGCAACCGAUUUUGUACAGGUGAAACGGGCAUUUCUCAGGAUCAGCUCGCAGUUAGCUAUGUCAGGCGAAACUUCUUGUCAUGCGCACAAGUCACGGGGAAAACCGAAGUGGAACUCGUCCUCAAAGUCGGAAGUGGGUACUGACGUGCCUGCUGCUGGGAACAAAAAUGUCGCUUUGGGUGUUCCGCCCGUUUAACAACGUCGCCUGUGGACAACGUUUUGCAUCACACGAACACGAUGUAAAGUUAUCGUGUAUUGAUCGAUUCGCCGAUGUAGUAAGGGCUAUUUUUGUGCGCGGAAGCAAGAAUGCUCAAAGGGUCAGCUAAGAUGCCGGAACGACAGACGUUUACCUGCACCGGAGCCCCGGUUUCGCUUCAGCUAGCACACCUCCCUUUCUAUUCGUUUACAUGAAUCUGGUAAUGCUUGUCAUGUUCCUUGAAUAUGCUUGGCUUACUGCGUACUUAGGAUCUGACCAAAAGACUCCAUUGAUGGUACUAAGCAGAUCGCGUCAGUUCUGGAGGAAGCGUAUUCCGAAACACCAAUCGAUUGGUACUGACAGACCCUGUUACCGUGGAUAAAUGAAAGAGUAGCAUAAUCGAAUCCAUCGGAAGUGAAAUGACGAGCACGAACACCCAGUCUAAAAGGAUUCUCAGAUCUCACGCAGCGCCGCUAUAAGCGCGGCGCCUCUCUCCCAAGUUUCCUCGUUUUCGUGACACGCGUCUCGUCGGAACCUGCUGAGUCCCCCAAUAGGUGCUGCUCUUCUGUCGCGACAAAAAUGCGGUCUGUCUGCCCCGUUUCUUCCCUCCGUUUCCCUUUUCCUUGUCUCUACUUCGUUUCCUUCCCUUCCCCUGUUGGGAGUGUCGCCCCGUCUUGCUCAGAGAAAAGCUGGUCCCUCGGCACGUGUGUAGUUCAGCUGUAUGUACACCCUAAGGUCUCACAGCCUUUGCAAGUGAACGCAUGGUGUUCACCGUCUUGGGACGUCUGAAUCGCGUUCUGUGUUGUGCUCCGUGUUUCUGUCGUCUUGGGCCGCCCGACGACAAAGGUUUGAGCGCCUCCUCUCUCCCUCCUCGGGGAGGAAAGCUCUGUCAGGUGUCCAGAGGUUCUUCCAGUGCCCGCGUGCCUCCGUCACCGUCUUCAUGUUUCGCGGCUCCCUGAACUUCACCUACCUCUUUAUUCGCUUUCGUUC